AUGGAAAGUCUAGCGAUGGAAAUCGCUGACAGAUGUACCCUCUCCCAGAAUUUGUUGUCUUCGUCAACAGCGAAGACUGAAGGGAACGAGGCCUCUGAUGUGGAUCCGACCCAUUCACAAGCCCUUGAAAAGUUUGGUCGGCGGAAGCGUCAAGUGGAGUUUCACAAGACUAUCAAUUGGGGCAGUUUUGAUGAUGGCUUUCCUAACAUUUUUAUUUCAGAUGUUAACUAUAUGAAAGGUAAAGAUGUUAUCUUUCUUGGCAGUUUCCACUCUCCUGAGAUAAUCUUUGAGCAGUUGUCUGUUCUUUAUAUGUUUCCUAGGUAUCGAGCUCGAUCAUUUCACCUUUUAUUGCCUUAUUUCCCUACUGGAACGAUGGAACGAGUGGAAAAUGAAGGGGAAAUACCUACAGCAAAGACACUUGCUUCUCUUUUGUCACACAUUCCACUAACAACAAAAGGACCUGCUCAAAUCACAAUCCUUGAUAUUCAUGCUCUUCAAGAACGUUUCUACUUUUCUGACAAUGUUAUACCCAGGUUAGAAUCUGCAAUUCCGCUGUUAAAACUUGAGCUGGAGCACGUUUUUGGUCAGGGUAACUACACUGUAGCAUUUCCUGAUGAUGGUGCCUGCAAACGUUUCAAGAGUUACUUUCCACAGGAUGAUUGUAUCAUUUUUAACAAGACAAGAGUUGGCAACAAGAGAAAUGUCCAGAUCAAAGAUGGAGAUCCAAAUGGCAAGACUGUAGUUAUUGUUGAUGACUUGGUUCUUACUGGUGGAACUCUCAAAGAAACCGGACGAAUUCUGAAAGAAAACGGUGCUUCUUCAAUCAGUGCCUAUGUCACCCAUGCUGUUUUCCCAAAAGAAUCUUGGAAGAAAUUUGUAGACAGUGAUGUCUUUGACAAUUUUUGGAUAACUGAUUCCAUUCCACAUUCUCGGAUAUUGUGUCAGUACAAGCCAUUCAAACUUCUGUCAUUGUGUGAUGUUAUUGCCAACUGUCUUCUUGGAUAUGACUUGCUGCCUUAA